AUGGAGGCUUUGAAGGUUGUUGCAUCCAUCGACCAGGGAACUCAAUCAACCAGGUGUACCAUAUAUGAUUCCUCAAUGAAGGUACUGACAAGUAGUUCGAAACAACAUAAACAAUACUACCCACAGUCAGGGUGGUGUGAACAUGACCCGAAUGAAAUCAUCGAUUCGGUCUAUUAUACCAUGAAUGAAGCAGUAAGAAAGCUUAAGGAAAAGGUGGGCAGCUUUGUAAUCGUAGGUUUGGGCAUAACCAAUCAGAGAGAAACAGUAGUAGUGUGGGAUAAAAAAACAGGAAAACCACUAUACAACGCAAUAGUAUGGCUGGAUAUAAGAGCAAGCGAAGAGGCAAACCAUAUGGUAGAAACAUUCGGGUCGGAUAGAACCUUUUAUCAAAAGACAGGACUACUAAUAAACACGUAUUUCUCAGCAUUUAAACUUAAGUGGAUGUCAAAUAAUUUAAGCUGGUUUAAAGAAUGUGUUGCAAAAGAGUCGAUAAGAUUUGGAACAAUAGAUACAUGGCUGAUAUAUAAUUUGACAGGAGAGUACCUGACGGACAUAACGAACGCCUCUAGAACGUUCCUGAUGGAUAUAAACAAGGAAAAGUGGAGUUCAGAACUGUUAAAAAUAUUCGGAUUCAGUUUCAACCUGUUGCCGGAAAUAAGACCAAACUGUUCGGAUUUUGGAACAAUCACGAAUACCAAUGUACCUGAUUUCAACGGUGUGAAGAUAUUGGGAGUAGCAGGAGACCAACAAGCGUCAUGCGUGGGACAGGGGUUAUUUGAAAAGUUGGCGACAAAAUGUACAUUUGGAACAGGAGCAUUCAUAUUAACAAACACAGGAUCCCAAAGGGUCAUGUCGUCUGGAGGAUUGUUGUGCACACCAUGUUAUAAACUAAGUGCAAACACACCAACAACAUUCGCACUAGAAGGGUCAAUAGCAAUCGCGGGAGCAGGAGUGACGUGGUUGAAGGACAUGGGAAUGAUCUCAGAGCCGUCUGAGAUAUCGGAGAUACUUUUGAAAUAUAAGUCGUCGGACGGAGUGGUAUUUGCGCCGGCGUUCAGCGGCCUGUUUGCCCCGAGGUGGAGAAGUGACGCGCGCGGAUGUAUCAUGGGAAUGACGCAACACACGGAAAGGGGGCACAUAGUGAGAGCGUACUGCGAAAGCAUAGGACUGCAGCUCUAUGAAAUCAUACACUCAUUCCUGUCGGACAUGGGAGUGUCCUCAAUACCGUACAUCAACGUGGACGGAGGACUGAGUCAAAAUUCAGAGCUGCUCCAGCUGAUAUCGGACAUAACGAACACGAAACUAGAGAAACCCGAAAUCACGGAGAUAACGUCAUACGGAGCGGCACUAUUAGCAGGGCUGGGCGCUAAGCUGUGGGACAGCUUAGACGACGUUAAGAAGUUUACGUCCAAGAACGGCACGGGAAACGUAUGGACGCCGAGUAUACCACAAGACGUAAGGUACAAGAUUGUUCAAUACUGGAACAUGGGAAUUGAAAGGUCGCUGCUGUGGCAGAUCUAA